ACCGAGAGUAACCCCGGCUACCAGGAUGAUAGCAUUGCCCGGCUAACACUCUGAAAGACGGACAGCUGGGACCAAAAACGAACAUGAAACCCACGGACUGUCGGGGUUUGGAACUUACCGGGAACGGGAUGGAGUCUGCGUCUCCUGCGGUGAAUCGACAGGAAGUGGACCCUGAAAUAGUCGAGCUGCUGAUCAACUACAUUUACACAGCAAAAAUCGAGCUAAACAACAGAAACGUCCAGUCGGUACUGCACGCAGCCAGUCAGCAUCUGAUUGAGCCCGUGAAAGUGAUGGGCGAGAAGUUUCUGCGAGAAAGGAUUGGCAUUGCAAACUGCUUCGGGCUGUGGCAUCGCUAGAGCUGCAAGGAGAGCAAGACUAAAGACGGCUAGAGAGACUAGGGAGACGACUGGAGGUAAGGAAACACCAGUUGAACACACAACCCAACCUUAUUUCUUACCUUCCUUCUGAUUACCUCUCUCUCACACUUCCUUCUCUUUUUCUUUCCUUCCUUCCUUUUUUUCUUUUUCGACAUUUCUUCUCACCUUCCUUCCUUUGUAGAAGCACCUUCGGAUUCAGUUUCAGCGUUCAUAGCGCCCUCUUCAGGUGAGCCCCCAGAGUUUGCUGCCAGAUGAUGUAGUUCUGGACUCUGGUGUGGCCAUCAUUACGUUUUCACCACUCUGUUCACUCAGAGUGUUUGACAACAACCAGUUAGGAGAUGGCUGAACCCAGGGGAACUUCUGUCAGCAGGGUCGGGCACAGACAGACACUAGGUGGUGCUAGAGCACCUGCCCCCUUUUCCUCCAGACAAAAAUGUGCCCUUCUGAAAUUAUUAUUAUUAUUAUUAUUAUUAUUAUUAUUAUUAAUAUAUCUAACAAACAUGAGCACCUGUUCCCCAAAAUGUCUCACAGUCAGGAAAACACCAACGCUGCUCUCUGACAUCAAUCCAGUCCGAUGUGUCCAUGAAAAAUGCCAAAUUAGGAUUCAUUACAACAGACGAGGAAGACACAUAAAAAAAAAUCAAUUAGUUAUUACAUUUUUUUUUUCCAAUCAAACUGAUCAUUAUUCUCAUACAGGACCCAUCAGGAUUUACAACCAGUGUUCCAGAUUUCUGCACUGGAAACAGCACAGACCUUCUGUUUAAACUACUUGAUUUUAACCCUGUUAGCUAAUUGAGAUGGAAAUGACACAACU